AUGGUCGACGCACUCUCUACAGCCAAACUUGUCAUCUAUAUUAUUCUAGCAUUCCCUGCUGCCUAUAUCAAUCUUGAACAUGGGAAACCCGGCUUUUUGGGCUGGUUUUACCUCCAGCUCUUUUGCGCCCUCCGCCUUGUCACCGAUGUAUUGACAAUCAAGCCCGGGCUAGCGAGCGCUGAAGUCACAAUGAUUCUGAAAAGUGUCGGCCUGGCUCCUUUGCUCUUUGCAUGCGCAGGAGUUCUCCAUGAAGCGAGACUCGCGCGUGAUUCAACUAUCAACCGCAAAAAGGAGUGGAGUUAUCAAAUAUUUUACCAUUUUUUGGUCCUCGGAGCUACAGUCCUCAAUGUCGUUGGGGUCGUCGAGUACAUGACCAAGUACACCACCUCACCUGCCAGCGCCCUUACUAAGGUAGGCUGUACUCUAGCAGCCCUAGCCUGGGUGCUUCUCGCAGGCUUUUCCUUGCUUUCUCUCCGAAACCAUGUGCUUCAGCAGGCUUCAACAUAUCGCGCUGGAACACUUCUUCUGUAUGGCGUUAUCGCUACUAUCCCUUUCAACGGACUCCGCCUCGCAUAUUCCGUUGCCUAUAUCAUCCUCAAAAUUCAACAACCCGAAGCCGAGUUUCUGAGCUCCUUGGCGGUCCAAGUCUGUCUCAGCGUCGUUCCCGAGAUGAUUGUUGUCAUAAUCCUCAUCGUGGUGGGACUCAAGACUAUUCACCUCAAUCAACUGUUCAAGACUAGGCCUUAUCAGCUUGGCCAGACUAGCCCAGGUCAAGAUUAUGUUGCCGUAUCUGUUCCCAAAAUCGUUUAA